CCCGCGCAGACACCGCAGCCCCUCGGGCAGCACCUCCGAGCGGCCGCCCCGCCGUCAUCCAUCCCCCCUGUCGCAGGAAUGGUUAUUCGGUUGCCUUGGAGAUGAUCCUGCUGCUGCACAUGUAGGGCCGAAGAUUAAUGGUGUGGGCAGUAUGGACCUAAUGAACGGACAGCCCAGCAGUGUUAAUAUUGCAGCUACUGCUUCAGAGAAGAGUAGCAGCUCUGAGUCCUUGAGUGACAAGGGUUCAGCUGAACUGAAGAAGAGCUUUGAUGCAGUGGUAUUUGAUGUUCUAAAGGUUACACCAGAGGAAUAUGCGGGUCAAAUUACACUAAUGGAUGUGCCUGUAUUUAAAGCAAUUCAGCCAGAGGAGCUGGCAAGCUGUGGCUGGAAUAAAAAAGAGAAAUACCGUUUUGCACCGAAUGCUGUUGCUUUCACCAGAAGAUUCAAUCAUGUAAGCUUCUGGGUUGUUAGAGAGAUUCUGCAUGCACAGACUUUAAAAAUACGAGCUGAGGUUUUGAGCCACUACAUCAAAACUGCAAAGAAACUGUAUGAACUGAAUAACCUCCAUGCUCUCAUGGCAGUGGUGUCAGGCCUCCAGAGUGCUCCCAUCUUCAGGCUGACCAAGACAUGGGCGUUACUGAGUCGGAAGGAUAAAGCCACCUUUGACAAGCUGGAAUAUGUUAUGAGUAAAGAAGAUAAUUACAAAAGGCUUAGAGACUAUAUCAGCAGCUUGAAGAUGACUCCUUGUAUUCCCUACUUAGGUAUUUAUCUGUCAGACUUGACAUAUAUUGACUCUGCCUACCCCUCAACAGCAAGCAUUCUGGAAAGUGAGCAAAGAACAAAUUUAAUGAACAACAUUCUUCGAAUUAUCUCAGAUUUGCAGCAGUCAUGUGAAUAUGAUAUUCCUAUGUUGCCUCAUGUCCAAAAGUAUCUCAACUCAGUUCAAUACAUAGAAGAACUACAAAAGUUUGUAGAAGAUGCCAAUUACGAACUUUCAUUAAAGAUAGAACCAGGGACCAGCACCCCCCACUCUGCUGCUUCCAGAGAAGAUUUAGUAGGCUCUGAAGUCGGAGCAUCUCCACAGAGUGGACGGAAGAAUGUUGCAGCUGAAGGAGCCUUGCUACCACCGACACCCCCUUCACCUCGGAACCUGAUACCCCACGGACACAGGAAAUGUCACAGUCUGGGUUACAAUUUCAUACACAAAAUGAACACGGCCGAAUUUAAAAGCGCGACGUUCCCCAACGCAGGACCGCGGCACCUGCUGGAUGACAGCGUCAUGGAGCCCCACGUCCCAUCCCGAGGGCAGGCUGAGAGCUCCACCCUUUCCAGUGGAAUUUCAAUAGGUAGCAGUGAUGGUUCUGAACUCAGUGAAGAGACUUCCUGGCCAGCAUUUGAAAGGAACAGGUUGUACCAUUCUCUCGGUCCGGGGACAAGAGUGUCACGAAAUGGCCAUCGAGGCCACAUGAAGGCCAGCAGCUCCCUAGAGUCUGAAGAUUUGGCUGUUCAUUUGUAUCCAGGAGCAGUUACUAUUCAAGGUGUUCUCAGGAGGAAGACUUUGUUGAAAGAAGGCAAAAAACCUACAGUAGCAUCUUGGACGAAAUACUGGGUGGCACUGUGUGGAACCCAACUCUACUACUAUGCUGCAAAAUCCCUGAAGGCUGCAGAGAGAAAACAUUUCAAAUCCACACCGAGUAAGAGCGUCUCAGUGGUGGGCUGGAUGGUGAUGAUGGCAGACGACCCUGAGCAUCCAGAUCUCUUCUUAUUGACUGAUUCUGAGAAGGGAAAUUCAUAUAAAUUUCAAGCUGGAAACAAAAAUAACGCAACACUCUGGUUUAAACACCUGAGUGCUGCCUGCCAAAGCAACAGACAACAGGUUCCUGCCAACUUGAUGACCUUUGAAUAACAGGCAAAUUCAAAACGAUAAAAAAGGACAAUUUGAACCAUGUCAUAAUUGAGAACAAGGUCCUGAUGAAAAAUGUGCCAGCUGUAUUCUGUGCCAGAACAGAACCUGUCAACUCAAUUUCUGAACUCUGGAGCCCUGAACAAGACCACUAAUGGUUGGGGAGUGGAGUCCCCCAGAUUAAAAAUGGAGUUGCAACAUGUAUUGCCAUGGACCAUGCUUCGUUAUGUUCUCAGAACUGACCUGUGGAAACCACUGCCUUAAAGAGUGAAAGGAAAAACAACAAGAAACACCAAAUAGUGUGUGUGAAACUUCUGGCGGUGCUGUGCUUGAGUUAAAUAGAUUGUAGCUAGUUUUGAGUUUCUUUUAACUUUAUACUAAUUUUGAAAAUAACUCACCUUUUUAGGCAUUCUUAAGAAAACAGGUAAACUGGUAUUUAAGAGUUGUAUCAAAAGCUGUGUAUGAACCAGGUAAAAGGUACUACAUGUUCUGGAGAUGUUGUUUAGGCUAUACCAGGAAUCCUGGAGGGGAGCUUGUCCCAGACACACCUAGCCUGGAGCAGUGUUAUUUCUCUCAGACCUGUAAGAAAUGUAACACAACUGCAAGUUCAGAGCAGCACUGAGCUUGCAAACCUUUGUCCUCUAUGGGAGCCAGACUGCUACAGUGGCACAGAGGCUGAGCCAAAAAUCGGUUUGGUACGCUUUGACCUAAUCUCUGAUGAAAAACAUGUGGUUUGGGCAGUCGGGGGAGGGGGGUGUGGGGUGCAUACGAGACAAAACUGAAAGCACUGUUGGGUCAGAACUGAGUGUUUUUGUCCCAUUUGUUUCUAUGCCUGUGAUUCUCCUACACAGAAAAGGUGAAUGACAAAACACCAACACCUGGGUACAGCUCACUGAGAUGCUUGACUUUGGGUAUCUGCUAAUUAUCAGUUAGGGACCACUGUUAGUGUGUGGUGUUUCAUAAUAUCACUUCAGAUGGACAUUUUAAAAAGAUAGAGGCACAAUUUCAAGCUUUCAUGUUCUCAUUUGGCAAUAAUUGAUUUUAGUAUCUGUCUUGGUCAAAGUAGUUGACGUUGUGUGGUGUUGAUAACAUGGCCUAAAGCAGACCUUACAUACAGAAGCUCUUUUGAUCUUCAGGCAAUUGACUAAUUUAUUAGAAGGUAGGAUAACCUGAGGAGAGAAAAGGUGUGGGGCCAUCAAAAUUCCAUCCUUGACAGGAAUCAUUCUUGGUCACUGAAAUUACUCACAGAGAAAAACAUAAUGGUUGUAAAAAGGGAGCUGUGCUUUAUGUGUGUGUUUGAUGCUUAAGACUUUGAUUCUUGCUUUAUUGGCGUUUCCUUGACGUCACCUAGUUUCCUGGAUGAUUGGUCUUCCUUUAAUCUUCAAAAAUAUGAUCUUUGUAAAUCAAGGAAACAUUGUCCAAAAUAUGACUCUGAUAUUGGAACUUUGAAGUCUGUGAAAAAGUAGUAACUGUUCCAUUGACAUUGUGGUUUAGUGACCGUAAAUAUGCUUGCAGAUUCCACCAUGAAUUCUCCUUUUUAAACAGAAACAAGCUACCUACCAGUCUGUUUCAGAGUUCUCUGACUAUCUAAUAAAGGUUUCUACUAGUAGUUGUUAUUU